AUGCCCAAUUCCCGGGCUAAAAUUUGGCUCGGCUCUUACGACAAUGCUGAACAGGCAGCCCGUGCUUUCGAUGCCGCCAUUUAUUACCUUCGAGGACCUCACGCCAAUUUCAAUUUUCCCGACACCAUACCCGCCAUUCCGUCUGCUUUAUCGCUUUCCCGGCAGCAGAUUCAGCUUGCAGCGGCCAAAUAUGCGCGUGGUCAAAUCCCCUCCACUGCCAAAAAUUUUACGGAGGAGGCCGAGAUUUUGCCCAAAUCGUCCCUAAUUUCGGAAACAGAGGCAUUAAGUGACAUUCAAAAGACUUCCGAGGAACUGGAUCUUGAAUUUUUUGAAACUUUGUUCGAGGAUGAGAAUUGGUUCUUUAAUUCAGAGAAAUUCCCGUCACUUGACGCAUCGACGUCGGAAUCAACGCCAUUAACAGAGAUGCAGAGACCUGCAGAGUCGAUUAAAGUGGCGCAAAUUUCUUGUCAGAAAUUUUGUAUGGGACGGUGUAGAUGCACUCCAAGCUCUCUGGAAUGA